ACCUAGGCUGAGGCCGUAUGGGAUGGUUUCUGUUGUAACUAGUAGUAACCAAUGGGAUGAGUGAUGAAGGGGUACCCCGUGAAUAGGUCCAAGAAUGUGGAAAUGUUUGGGUAUGAGACUGAGCUUGUUCGGGACCAUAGAUUUCCUUUCAUUCUUAUGGAACAUCAGAGCAGGGGUGCAGAAGUCAGGUCGGGAAGGUUAGGAGUCUAUUCUGGAAGUGAUGGGAGCAGUGGGAGGUUUGGAGCAUAGGAGGAAGGUUAUCCGUCCAGAUCUUAUUAGGCUUAAUGUGACUGCAGCAAAAACAGACUAUGGUUGUGCUCAAGUAAGAAUUGAUGUGGCUGGACCACUGGAGUGGCCAGAGUGGCCAGAAUCCAGGUGUGGCUGGAUUCUGUAUUGGUUUUUCAUUAGGGUGUUUCAUUUUAUGUUUUGUGGUGCUGGGUCUUGAACCAUGGGCUUCACACAUGCUAGGCAAAUGCUUUACCACUAAGCUGCACACCCCUUGGGUUUCAUAUUUAAGAGUGAGAAAAAAGUAGAAAAAGAUGGGUGAUUCCAUUGUUUUUGGUUUUAGCAUCUGGAAGGGUAGAAUCUCCACUAACCAGAAUGUUAAAGCUGAUAGUUGGUUUGAUUUUCAUUGUGUAGUAUCAGGAGUUUUGUUUUGGCUAUCUUAAAAGAGUGAGAUGUUUAAAAGCAAUAGUGGAAAUGUCUAGUUAGUAGCUGACUGCAUAAAUGUGGAACUCUGCAGCAAAUUGAAAAAUGGAAAUAUACAGGGCUAGGUAUUUGGCUCUGAGGUAGAGCACUUGUUUAGCCUGUGUGAGGUCCUGAGUUCAAUCUGUAGUACUGCAAAAAAGAAAAAAAAUAAAUCUAAAAAGUGGCGACAGGUGUUUGUCAUGAGAUAUAUACCUUGAAUUACAAUUAGGAGGCACAUCCUAGACUUAAAUGGUAAUGCCAGAAACAGCCCUGGAAAGGGAGGGUGGGGUCCAUGAUUGGUUCCCAUGCCUGAGCAUCUGAAUACAGUUGGUGGUCAUCACAGACACAGCUGAGGACAUGAAGUGGCUGUGGGAAUUGUGUGAGGAGGUGGCUGGUCUGGCAGAUGUCUAGGCUCCCAUGGGAAGAGUGGACAUGAGUCAUACAGAAACUCAAAAUAACUGAGGCAACAUGAUAGGGUGGCCAAUACUUGUGUUUGUUCUUCAGACUUUGGGCUCACUGGGAUUUAGGAGUGACCCUCGAUAUGCUUGGGGGUUUUAGUAAGGCUAGUGGGUUAGCUUAGGGACACAAGAGGUCAUCUGGGAGGUCACCAGGCCUGGAGUGGAGGGCCUCUGGAGCAAGGUCUUGAAUUAUGGUUUGAGGAGAGAGAAAGGCUGUGACUGAUGAGGGGGCAUCAAGUGCAGCACAAGUGGGAGAAGGCCAUCAGUGUCUGGUGAUUAUCCAGGUGGUUCCCGGUGACAGAGGCUGGAGCAAGCAGCAGGCAGGCCAGGAAGUACAGAGCAGGAUGGGGCUGCCUAUGUCAGUGGUCAUGGAUCCUGUCUCAGUUUGCCACGCUCUCUGGAUGCCUUGUUCUAAGCAAUGUGGGGAGACCAGGGAGAGGCCUGUGGUGUGAUGCUGGGGUGGAGGCACCUGGGGACUGAGACUGUCUGCGUGAGAAGGGAUGAGCACAUGGUGCGGGAGAGAGACCCGUUGGCACUGGCAUGGAAGACACAAGGGUGAAGAGCUGUGUCACCUUUGAGGACGUGGCUGUUUACUUCUCCCAGGAGGAGUGGGGGCUCCUUGAUGAGGCUCAAAGGCUGCUGUACCUUCACGUGAUGCUGGAAAACUUUGCACUUGUAACCUCUCUGGUUUACUGGCAUGAAGCAGAGGAUGAAAGGAUACCUCCUGGGCCAAGGGUUUCUGCAGAAGAAGCAUCACACAUCAGGACUCCAAAACAAAGUCCAUCUUUCCAAAAGACUCACCCCUGUGACAUUUGUAUACUAAUCCUGAAGAAUAUUUUGCAUCUGGAUGAUCUACCUGGACAGCAACUGUACUUUUCUGGGGCCUGUGAAAACCUUCACCAGGAACAGAAACAUCAAAGUGCAGAGAACACAUUAAAAAGAGAAGUGAACAGUGCCUCCUUUGUGAAGAGCUGCAUAUUUCAUGUGUCAGGGAAUCCUUUCCUCUGUAGGAAGACUGGAAAGGACUUCCCUGAUAAGUGGGGCAUUCUUCAGCCCCAGGCCAUUCCCAAAGGUGAGAAGCCAAACACAGUCAGAGAGUGUGGGAAGGUCUUUCACUGUGGGAAAAAUCAUUGUAAGUCAGGAGCAUGCAGAGACACUUCCAGCCACAAACACACACUUAUUCGUCAUCUAAGAGUCUGCACUGGAAAAGGGGGUUUUGAUGCUAGCAAAUGUGGAACAGCCUUCCAAGAGAAAUACUCACUUGUUCCGUUCCAGAGAGUCCAUGCUGGAAAAAGGCCUUAUGAAUGCAGUGAAUGUGGGAAAUCUUUUAGCCAAAAAGCUACCCUUAUUACACACCAGAGAGUUCAUACUGGAGAAAAACCAUACAAGUGUGGUGAAUGUGGAAAAUCAUUUAGUCAAAGCUCAAACCUCAUUGAACACUGCAGAGUUCACACUGGAGAAAGGCCUUAUGAGUGUGAUGAAUGUGGAAAAGCCUUUGGGUGCAAAUCUAACCUUGUUCGACAUCAGAGAACUCAUACAGGAGAAAAGCCAUAUGAAUGUGGCCAAUGUGGGAAAUUCUUUAGACAGAGCUUUAGCCUCAUUGAACAUCAGAGCAUUCACACUGCAGCACGGCCUUAUGAGUGUAGCCAGUGUGAAAAAUCCUUUAGUCAGAAAGCUACUCUCAUUAUACAUCAGAGAGUUCACACUGGAGAAAGGCCAUAUAAGUGUGGGGAGUGUGGGAAAUCCUUUAGUCAAAGCUCCAACCUUAUUGAACACUGCAGAAUCCACACUGGAGAGAGGCCUUAUGAGUGUGGCGAAUGUGGAAAAUCUUUUAGUCAAAGAGCCACCCUCAUUAGACACCAGAGAAUUCACACUGGAGAAAGGCCUUAUGAAUGUAGGGAAUGUGGCAAAUUCUUUAGACAGAACUUUAGCCUCAUUGAACAUCGUAGAAUUCACACUACAACAAAGAUUUAUGAGUGUGGCCAGUGUAGGAAAUCUUUUAGCCAAAGGGCUACACUCAUUAGACAUCAAAGAGUUCACACUGGAGAAAGGCCUUAUGAAUGUGGGGAAUGUGGCAAGUCCUUUGGGUACAAAUCCAAACUUGACCGACACCAGAGAACUCACACUGGAGAAAGACCUUACGAGUGUGCUGAAUGUGGGAAGUUCUUUAGGCAAAGCUACAGCCUCGUUGAACACCAGAGAGUUCACACUAGAGCAAGACCUUAUGAGUGUGGCCAGUGUGCAAAAUCUUUUAGUCGAAGAGCUGCCCUGGUUAAACAUCAGAGAGUUCACACUGGGGAAAGGCCUUAUAAGUGUGGUGAAUGUGGAAAAACCUUUAGUCGGAGCACUAGCCUUAUUCAACACUGCAGAAUCCACACUGGAGAAAGACCAUAUGAGUGUGACCAGUGUGGGAAAUCUUUUAGGCAAAAGUCUGUUUUAAUUCAACAUCAGGUAGUUCACACUGGAGAAAGGCCUUAUGAAUGCAGCAAAUGUGGGAAAUCUUUUAGCCAACGCUCAAGCUUCUUUCAACACCAAAAAUGUCACGCCAUGGGAGUGCCUCACAGAGGCAGCAGAUGUGGGGAAUCCCUCAGCCCAAGGUCUCCUGUUGCUUAGUUUCUGAAAGCCCGUGCAAGAAAGGCCUUAAACCUACAAAGGAAUAUGCUGUCUUUGUAACCCGCACUAGAGAGCUUUUAUAAAGAGGUCACCACAUGCAUUUGCACGCAUCCAGAGGGCUAAGGACCCUAUGAGUCGUGGCACAUGUGAGGAGGAUGGGAGCUGCUCUGAACAUUUUAGACUGCUGCCCUCACCAAAGUCGAAUCACAGCCACAUUCUCACAGGAGUUGUCUCCCAUCUAGCCCCAAGCACCUCAGCACACACAGCCUCGGUGCCUGUGUUCUCCCCAUUCUCUAGAGGAAAUCUCCCAUAACCUGAUCCAUGAGAGUGAUCCAUUUUUCUUACUAUUGUGCAUCUGUGUUCUGGCUAAGGGGACCCAGCCCGGGCUCAGCUGGAGGCUUGGGAAGUCCUCUUCAUUGAAUUCUGGCCUCGUGUGACACUUGUAGUCGAUGAUUACAGAUUUCAAGUUACUAACCAGUGUCUUCCUGUUGAGCACUGCUCUGAUUUGUGGACUGAUAAAGGCCUUUUGUUUGAGCUACUUUUAAUCAGGGGGUUCUGUUCACAGCCUUGGGUGGGUAGAAUAUGGAUGGGUCCUGUUUGUUUUAAAAGAUGGACAGCUUUUAUAGGACCUCUUCAUUUUGGGUCUCAGUAAAGAACUUAGUGGCAGAGA